CUGAUCUUCCUUGAGGAAGAGCGUGAUCUUGGUUCCUCUGCCCAGCUGCUCUCCUCCAUCAUCCCUGGUAACGGUGAAAGACCCACCAGCCUGCGACUCCCAGACGUACUGUUCGUCGUCAUUGUGCUUUGUCGUCACAACAACUUUCUCAGCCACCAGAUAAGCAGAGUAAAACCCCACACCGAACUGACCAAUCAUGCUCACGUCGGCCCCAGCCUGCAGUGCCUCCAUGAACUCCUUAGUUCCUGACCUCGCAAUUGUCCCCAAGUUGUUCACCAAGUCUGGAAAUUGAAGAGGCCACAACUCAAUUCAAUUCAAAUCGAUGCAAUUACAGAAGUAACAGAGAGAAAGGUUCGUCACAAACAAAUCCAUACCUGCUUUAGUCAUGCCAACGCCACUGUCAAUAAUAGAGAGGGUCUUGUUGGCUUUGUCAGGAACAAGCCUGAUGAACAGCUCUGGUUGAGCAUCCAGCUUGCUCUUGUCCGUUAAGCUCUCGUAUCGAAUCUUAUCCAACGCCUGCACAGACCCAGUUAAAAUCUCAGUCACAAAGCCAAAGCCCAAAAGAAACCCCGAAAAUACAACAUAACCGAACCAAAUAGAAUCACAGUAUCAUUAUCAGAGAUUCAAAACCACGCUACGUACGUCAGAAGCAUUGCUGAUGAGCUCGCGGAGGAAGAUCUCCUUGUUGCUGUAGAACGUGUUGAUGAUGAGACUGAGAAGCUGGUUGAUCUCUGCCUGGAAUGCGAAGGUCUCCACAUCUCCCAUCUGCACAUCCGCCAUUGCUAAUGCACGCACAGGAAUUCGAAGCGAAGAGAAUCUAGUGAUCGGAAACAGGGAAUCCGAAACGAAGAGAUUUAUUGACCAGAUUGAGAAUUUAGGAAUCUUAUUCAGAUGAAGGGAGAUGGAAAUCAGAAGGGCUAUUUGUAGCGAAGAGAGGAAGAGGUUCUAGCGAAUUCGAAUGUCGUGUAGUUCGCUUCAUGGGAAGGAUUGCUCAGCCAUGGAAUGGGCUAUCGCGCUUCUGGAAUUUUCUAUGUUCGUUUCUUGUUCUUCUUCUUCUUUUGAUUAACCAUUAGCGUGGUUUUGGGAUCGAGAAGGUUCUUCUGUUCGUUGCUGUCUCGAAUGUUCUUCUCCAUGGAAAAAGGCUGUAUGAUCCUCUUGUAUCUCUUGGAAACAUAUCUGGCCCUGCGGCAGCAUGCUGCAUUAAAAUUGCCAAUGCUUCCAGUGGUUCUUCAAGGCAUAAUACGCCCAGAAAAGUUCAAGAAAUCUAGAUCUUAUAUGAUCAAACAGAGCUACCUCCAUGUUGUGCGUGAAACUGCAACGGUACUGGUGGACUGCAUGAUAUUGUUGCAUAGGAUACUACCCUGGUUAUGGAAGAUGUCUGGAAGCUUUCUGGGAUACAUUGGCCUGAAUGCAGAGAAUGAAAUCCUUCAUACACUUUCCUUCUUAAUGGUUGUCAUGAUAUGGUCUCAGAUUUUUGAAUUGCCAUUUUCACUGUACUCAACUUUCAUGAUUGAGGCUCGCCAUGAUUACAAUGGACAAACAUUAUCGCAAUUUUUUAAGGACUUGUUCAUAGGAUUAGGCAUUUGUAGCUUAUUUGGAGCACCUGUUGCUGCUGCGAUCAUACUUAUAAUACAGAGAGGAGGUUGUUGCCUGGUUAUCUAUUUGUGGGCAUUUUCCUUCCUAGCAUCUGUUGCACUGACAACUGUGUACCCUCUUCUUAUAGCUCCUCUAUUCAACAAGUUCACCCCUCUCCCUAAUGGGGAACUCAGAACAAAAGUUGAGAAUCUUGCCCACUCACUGAAUUUUCCUCUAAAGGAUAUCUUUCUAGCUGAUGGAUCCAGGAGGUCAACACAUAGCAAUGCCUAUAUGUAUGGAUUUUUCAAAAAGAACAUUGUCCUCGAUGAUACAUUGACUAAGCAGUGCAAAGACACAGGAGAAGUUGUUGCCAUUAUUGCCCAUGAAAUGGGACAUUGGAAACUCCAUCACACAAUUUAUGCAUUUUUCCGAUUGCAAGUCCUUGCACUCUUGCAAUUUGGAGUUUUUGACCUUGUGAGGAAGUCAAGUUAUAUGUUUCAAACUUUUGGCUUUGACACACAACCCAUAAUUAUUGGGUUCUUCAUUUUUCAGCAUGUGGUAAUGCCUGCCCAACGCCUACUCAGCUUCGGUAUGAAUCUCUUAAGCAGAUAUUCAGAAUUUGAGGCUGAUGCUUUUGCUAAGAACCUUGGCCAUGGGACUGCUCUUCGAGCAGCUCUUGUGAAUCUUCAGGAGCAAAACUUGUCAGCAGUGAACACAGAUCCAUGGUACUCAGCUUAUCAUUAUCCUCAUCCCCCACUGGCUGAAAGACUAGCAGCACUCAAUGAGAUGGAUAAGAAGUUGGCAUGAAAGAAAUGUGGGACUGGUUUAAUUAUCUUAGAGGCUACUCCACAGAUUCAAAGGGUGUUGCACACCACAGUACCAUCUUUUCUCGUUGAUGCCCCACAGAUAGGCUCAGUUGGCACAAUGGUAAAGUUUCGUGCUUUCAAAGGUCCGAGUCUUGAGAGCAGCUGAUUUGAGCAAAACUAUAAAAUUUGGAAUUAGUUGUAAAUCAUCUUCAGACUUGCUUAUCAGAGUUGUUUCUAGAUAAUGGCCUCUACACCAAAGGCUUGGGGAUGAUAAAUAUUUUGACUCAAAAUUAAAUGUAUUUGCUAAUAAAAUAAUUGUUAAUGUACUAGAGUUCUUUGUGGCCAAAA